GGUGACUGAGGGCAGAGAGUUAGGUCCUCCCAUACCCAUGGAGCCGGGGGGACGAGUAGAUAAAGGAGAAAGUUCACUCACUCAACUUGUAGAUCGAUAGGAAAAUGGCAAUGGCCAGAAGAACCUCUCCAGACCGGUCUGGACCGACCAACCAGAACCAGCUUCCCGAUUCCGAAUCUGAUUCGGAUACGGAGGGAGACGAGCAAGACCCAGAGGUCGGUCCCACUGGGCCGUGGAGUGUCAGGUCCUUGAUACGCACCCAGGUCAUCCACAGCGGACACUUCAUGGUGUCGUCGCCCCACAGCGAUUCCACCCCACGCCGACGGAAAAGCGGUCCUUGGUAUGACUUUGACACCGUGAACAGGACAUGGUGCCAGACUUACACGUUCGGCCCGCUUAGUGCUGGUAGUCUGAGCAUUGACCCCACGCUCAACCGCUUGUUUGAGUGUAUGUCACUGGCAUACAGCGGUAAGAUUGCGUCGCCAAAGUGGAAGAAUUUUAAAGGUUUGCGCUUGCUGUGGAGGGACAAGAUCCGUCUGAACAAUGCCAUCUGGAGGGCCUGGUACAUUCAAUACCUGGAGAAGAGGAGGACCGCGGUGUGUGGUUUCGUGACCCCCCUGGAGGGCUCUGAGGCAGAGGCACAUCGCAAGCCUGAAGCCAUCGUUUUAGAGGGCAGCUACUGGAAACGCAGGAUUGAGGUAGUCAUCAAAGAAUACCACAAGUGGAGGAUUUAUUACAAAAAGAGGCUUCAGAAGAAUAAGGAUGACUUCUUCUCCAUGCUCCAGCAGGAUCAACUCUACCGGUCCGAGCUGGAGAAAUGGUCUAAUCAGAUUUACCAGGAGCCCGAAGCGGCACCAGAGGAGGCCCACAUGUUUGACCUGGACUGCUUCCUGUCCAACACCUCGGAUACCCUGUUCACUAUGACCCAGAAGCCAUGUCCGUGGUCGAGCGACAGACACAACACAUACACCAGCAACGCUGACAUGAUCCAGCCUGCUCUGACUCCACUUCAGCCCAACUUGGACGAUUUUAUGGACAUCCCAGAUAUAUUCAUGAACUACCGGCUUGAUUCCAUCGACCAGUCGGGUUUUACUGACUUUGGGUUUUUCGAUGGCCCCUCCGGCGGAGCGUUUACCCCGGUAUCAACACAGCAGCUUCUGACCGACACCUCCCAACACAAACUGGCUGAGCCUGGGGAGCCAUCGGGCAGCCACCUCUCCCAGGUGGCCUCCUCCAUCCCUAGGCCAGAGCAGGCCAGGUCGGGCGGGGACUGUGACUCCUACCAGUUCCCCGGCCUCAUCCCCUCCUCCUCUCCCUACGGCCAGCAGCAGCAGCAGCAGCUGUACCACAACCCUCCGGUGCCCGUCUCCGUCGCCAACCCCUUCCUGUACCCGCCCCUGCCUCCACUUCCCUGCCACAAGUACGCCUACGUGGACGCCCCGGGCGGCGCGGCCACCUCCACCGUCAUCACCCACACGGCGUCCUCCCUGUCGUCUCCGGGCUCCGACAUGCAGCCUCACAGCGGGUACCUCUACCUCCAGGCCGCCUGCCACUCGGCCGGGACCUACCCCCCCAGUGUGGCGAUGUCGUCCCCGGACCCGGCGCAGCACGGAGCGGAGGUGCUGCCCGCUCCCGCCGGCACGUCCCACUGCUUCCCCGUGGGACCCGUGCCGGGGGCGGGCCUGGGGGCGGGGGGGAAACACAAGCAGAAGACGGCGGAGGCGAGGGGGGAUCGACCGGCCGUCCUGCCGGGACCCCCGGCCCCGGCCCCGGCCCCUGACCCUGCACCGUCCACUUCGGCCACGAGCUGCCUGGCCAAACUGCUGUGCUCCACCUCCCACCACGGCUCCAGAGCGCGGAAGACGAAUAUGGGACUUGACACUACCUGGUCCACAGUCAAGGGCCAGAAGUCAAAUUCGUUGCUAUCAGCUAGUAGCGUGCAUGGAGCAGAGGCAUCGUCCCCGCUGCGCCUUGCGUCUGCGUGGCCUGCAGGGGGCCGUCUGUCGGGGCCAGAGCCCAGCCAGAGCCCUCCCGUCCUGGGUUUGGUCGGACCCCAGGCCAGCACGUCCAGGGGCCCGUUGGGGGGGUCCUCCCGGCCCACCCUCAGCACGGCCACCUCCAGCUCCAACCUCCUGGUGCCCAAGACGGAGAAGCAUUCUCCGUUGCGGGUGUACAGCCCGGACGUGAUCAACCUCACCGGAUGUUUCUCUGGACACGCAGGUCAAAAAUCACCAUUGGGGGCCCUGGAUCACAUUUCCAGGCCAGAAUCAUUACACUUAUUCUCCACACAUGGAAAGAGCGAAACAAAACAAACAGAGACCAGGAGAAUAACCCACAUCUCAGCGGAGCAGAAGAGACGCUUCAACAUCAAAAUGGGAUUUGACACUUUACAUAAUCUGGUCACAACCCUAAACUCCCAACCCAGCAUUAAGAUCAGCAAGGCCACCACCCUGCACAAGACCGCAGAGUACAUCGGCAAGAUGCAGCAGGAGCGAUCCACGCUGCAGGAAGAGACCCAGAGACUCAGGGAGGAGAUCCAGCUCCUCAACUCUGCCAUCAACGUGUGUCAGCAGCAGCUGCCCGCCACAGGAGCGCCCAUCACCAGGCAGCGCUUCGACCACAUGAGGCAGAGGUUCAGGGAGUACGUCCAGACACAGACACUGCAGAACUGGAAGUUCUGGAUCUUCAGUAUCAUCGUGGAGCCCUUGUUUGAGUCCUACAACGCAGUGGUGUCCACUGCCACCAUGGAGGAGCUGUGUCGCACCACCCUCUCCUGGCUGGACCAGCACUGCUCCCUGCCCUCCCUGAGACCAAUGGUCUUGAGCUCUCUGCGUCUCCUCAGCACGUCCACGUCCAUCCUGAGUGACCCGGGACGCCUACCGGAGCAGGCCACCCUAGCGGUCACCCAGGGCCAGGGAGUCUCUUGCACCCCCACCCUGGGUGAUGAUCGCCCCCUCCAGCCCCUCCGACGGGAGAACACACACCAUAUGUGAGAGAGAGAGAGAGAGAGAGAGAGAGAGAGAGAGAGAGAGAGAGAGAGAGA